AUGCGCUUCCUCCAAGUGCUUUUCUUGAUGGCCAUCGUCCUUCUCGCGUGGGUGAUGACCGUCGACGCGCUCAACAUCUCGGCCCACGAGCGCGAUGAGCUCUCGCGCGACUUGCGGCGCUGGCAAAAGAAGUUUGGCAACGACGACCACGUGCGCGCGGCCAUGACCUUGGUGCGAGGGACCUUGACGACCGACGAUCUUCUUCGGCGCUUGAAGGCGACCAAGGAUCAGCUUCCGACGCUUCGUGCAGCCAACCCGCACGCGACCUUUAGCCACUUGACCAAGUUUGCGCUGCUUACGGACAACGAGUUUGCGCAGUUUAUCUCGGAGUCACCGUUGAAGCCGGUCAUACCACCGCUGUCGCCUCCUUCACGAUCACCGACCAACCAUCUGAAUCGGAGUGCUGUCGUCGAGGCCAGCGACACCUACUCGGUCGACUGGACAACGCGGUCGAUUUGCGUGCCGCCGGUCAAGUUCAAAGGCAACUGCGGCAGCAACUGGGCGAUCAUGGCGGCGGCGGCCGUGUCAUCGGCGCACUGCCUCGCGACAGGCGACGCCAUCUUCCUCUCGGCGCAGCAAGUCUUGAGCUGUUCGUACCCGCGUGGCACGGAUGUCUGCAAAGGCGCAGGGUUUGCGCAGCAUGCGAUGGAAUGGCUUGUGUCGCAUCCGAGCAUACUGUGCAAGGACUCUGCGAUCCCGUAUACCUCGGGCGAGACCGGGUCGGCGCCGGUUUGCAGCGACAACACCAAGUGCGCCGGGUCCAUCCCGCUGCACACCGGUCCGAUCGUGACCAUGCAGGGCGAAGACGCGCUCACCAAACAGCUCCAAUUGCAGCCCGUCGUCGCCUACGUCACGGCGCUCAACCCGGUUUGGAAAUCGUACAAAGGCGGCAUCCUCACGUGGUGUCCGCCGGCGCAGUACGUCGACCAGGCCAUGCUUGUCGUUGGCUACGGCACCCACGACGCUGGCUACCUCACCAAGCCAAUGCAUUUCUUCAAGCUGCGCAACGCGUGGGGCACCAACUGGGGCGAGAAGGGCGACAUUCGGCUCGACCGCCGCGGCACCAACGACGAAGGCAUGUGCAAACUCUUCACAUACCUCGCCUACCCGGAGCUUCCGCCGGUCGGCGCCAGCAAAGCGACGCGCCCGCGCACACCAUAG